CGCUCCCCUCCCCCCAUUCAGCCACUAGCAGUAAUGUUCCUGUGUGUUUACUACUGUAUUUAGGAUAAGGACACGGUCACGUAUAUGUUCGGAGUCUUCAACAAAAAGUCUUGGUUUUAGUAUUUUUUAAAUAUACCUUUUAGGAAUCCACCAUGCCCAAAAGAAAGGGUGCUGAGGGUGAUGCAAAGGAAGAGCCUCAGAGAAGAUCUGCACGGUUAUCUGCAAGACCAGCUCCUCCCAAGCCUGAACCGAAGGCAAAAAAGCCAGCAAAGAAAGACAAAGUGGUUAAAGACAAGAAAGAGGACAAAAAGAACAAGGGGAAGGCCAAGGAAUCUACAGAGCCAGAGGCUAAUGAGGAGAAUCACUCAGAAAAUGGAGAAGCCAAGAGCAAUGCGGUUGAGGAGACUCCAGCAGAAAAUGAGGAGGCAAAGUCUGAGUAGCACCACUGACUCACAUCAGCUGCCUCCUUGUCCAGUUCCCUUUUUUUUUUCUUCCACCGUUCAAAAGUGCUCUCACGCAUGCUGUCGCCCCUCUCUUCAAGGCAUAUUGUUAACAGAGGAAUAUUUUUAUCAAUGAUUUUAUAAGUAUCAGUACAGAUUUUUAGCACAAACUAAAGCUGAAUGCGGCAUACCUUGCAGAUUUGCAGCAGUAAAACUUAGUUUCUGCAAGAUGAACACACUAAUCUUUUUUUAAAAUGUAAUUUUGUGAGUGUUGAUGGCUUGUUUGGUCUUGUAAGAACAUAAAAGCUUCUCCAGUUUUGAGUGCUUAUCCUGUUUUUUUCUGCCCUCCCCUUAUCUGAACUAUAUUACCAUAAGUGAUCUCUCUCCUUAUAUAUGUGCAGUGAGUCUCCUUGUACUAGAUGACAUUUUUUUCCCCCUUUCUCACUUCAGUGUAUUUAGGAUGGAGGAAUACCAGAGAAGAAAAACAAACAAACAAAAAAAACAUUCCAGGGCAGAGAUACGUGGCCUGAUCUUUUUCAAUCUACCCUGCAUUGGUUCAAAAAAAAAACAAGAUUUUAUCAAGAGCAGCUCAUCCAAGACUCUGCUGUUAUGUAAAAUUUUCUAAAUGAUUUUUUUUAGGGUGAAAUUCUAAUCUUUACUGAAGUAUGCAGGUGUUCAUGUACCCUAGCUGACGUUCUGGAUGUCUCUUAAUAAAUGAAAAUCUUCAAAUUUU